CCCUUCCACCCAAACCUCGACCACCAUUUCCCAUCCUUCCACCUCCGACUGCCUCCCGGCGGAACGUGGUGCGUUCCGCCGUCGCCGCCGCAUUGCCAUGCCCCUACAGACUCGGGAGGGGAGGAGGAGGAGGCGGAGGAAACACGAGUGCACGAGGGUGUGAUCGCCGCCGCGGCCUGCCCGAUGGGCAACGUCUGCGUCGGGUCCCGAUUCUCCAAGAACGGCGGCUUCUUCGGCAACUUCUCCCUGUGGCCCUCCCGCUCCCGCAGCUCCGGCAGCACCCCCUCCAACCCCACCACCACCUCCCGCUCCGUCCCCGUCGUCCAGGUCCAGCCCAGCGAAUCCGACGCCAAGCCGGAGCCAGCACAGAUCACAGAGCCCCCGGCUCCCAUUGUCAUCUCCGAGCAGGCACCGCUUCCUCAGCCGGAGCCGAAGCCGAAGCCAAGCGAACCCGACCCGUCACCACCGCCGCCGGCGCCGGCGUCGCAACAGCCCGCGCAACCGCAGCAGCAGCAGCAGCAGGCGCCGCCGCGGCAGCAGUCCCGGAAGAAAGCUGCGCACAUCAAGCGCAUCUCCAGCGCGGGGCUCCAGGUGGAGUCGGUGCUCCGGCGCAAGACCGACAACCUCAAGGACAAGUACAGCCUGGGGCGGAAGCUCGGGCAGGGGCAGUUCGGCACCACGUACCUGUGCGUGGACAAGGCGACGGGGCUGGAGUACGCGUGCAAGUCCAUCGCCAAGCGGAAGCUGGUCACCGACGAGGACGUGGAGGACGUCCGGCGCGAGAUCCAGAUCAUGCACCACCUCGCGGGCCACCCAAACAUCAUCGGCAUCCGCGGCGCGUUCGAGGACGCCGUCGCCGUGCACGUGGUCAUGGAGCUCUGCGCCGGCGGGGAGCUGUUCGACCGCAUCGUGCGGAGGGGCCACUACACGGAGCGGCAGGCCGGCGAGCUGGCCCGCGUCAUCGUCGCCGUCGUGGAGUCGUGCCACUCGCUCGGCGUCAUGCACCGGGACCUCAAGCCGGAGAACUUCCUCUUCGUCGGCAACGACGAGGAAUCGCCGCUCAAGACCAUCGACUUCGGCCUCUCCAUGUUCUUCCGGCCAGGCGAGGAGUUCACGGACGUCGUCGGGAGCCCCUACUACGUGGCGCCGGAGGUGCUGAAGAAGCGGUACGGGCAGGAGGCCGACGUGUGGAGCGCCGGCGUGAUCAUCUACAUCCUGCUCUGCGGCGUGCCGCCGUUCUGGGCGGAGACGGAGCAGGGCAUCUUCGAGCAGGUGCUGCACGGCUCGCUGGACUUCGAGUCCGACCCCUGGCCCAGCGUGUCGGAGAACGCCAAGGACCUGCUUCGGAAGGUGCUCGUCAGGGACCCCAAGAAGCGCCUCACCGCGCACCAAGUCCUCUGCCACCCAUGGCUGCAGACGAUCGCCUCUGCGCCUGAUAAGCCGCUGGACUCGGCGGUGCUGUCCCGGCUGAAGCAGUUCUCCGCGAUGAACAAGCUGAAGAAGAUGGCGCUGAGGGUGAUUGCGGAGAACCUGUCGGAGGAGGAGAUCGCGGGGCUCAAGGAGAUGUUCAAGAUGAUGGACACCGACAACAGCGGGCAGAUCAAUUUCGAGGAGCUCAAGGCCGGACUUCAGAGGGUCGGCGCUAACAUGAAGGAGCCCGAGAUAUAUCAGCUUAUGCAGGCUGCUGAUAUCGACAACAGUGGCACCAUAGAUUAUGGAGAGUUCAUAGCUGCAACACUGCAUCUCAACAAAGUUGAAAGGGAAGACCAUCUAUUUGCUGCCUUCCAAUACUUUGACAAAGAUGGCAGUGGAUACAUCACAGCUGAUGAGCUGCAGCAAGCCUGUGACGAGUUUGGCAUAGAAGAUGUCCGACUCGAAGACAUGAUUGGCGAAGUGGAUCAAGACAAUGAUGGGCGCAUAGAUUACAAUGAGUUUGUCGAAAUGAUGCAAAAGUCAACAACCGGAUUUGGCAAGAAAGGUCAUCAGUACAACCUUAGCAUUGGUUUUAGGGAUGCCUUGAAGGCAAAUAGCUGACAAUGUUGUAGUGUUGCAUUGUACAUUUGUGUACCCAUCAUACUAUGUGAAAUGGUGUUGUGCAUACAUGUUGUAAUUGUAAAGGAAACUCGGGUUCUGAUUAAAUCAUAGGAGCUUUUGCUAACUGCAA